GCGCACCCGAUGAGCCAAGCAGCCUGGUUGGUGGCUUAAGACUAGGCCCUCGUGACGUAGCGCCGCCCUAUUGGCCGCCGCUACCUCUCGCUCCUCCCUCGAUGCAUCCUCCGCCAAUGGGAACGCACCAUGCCGCAAUGGCUCACGAGGAAGAAAGCGAUUGCUUCGGAGAAAAGCUGUUGAAGAAACCGAAACGGAUCAGAACAAGAGUAGACGCCGGAGAGCCAAGGAACGCUUACUCGGCCUUCAGUAGUUUGCCCAACUUGUGUGGUGUUAGUGUCAAUGCAGUCAGGCCGGGAAGUGCUCCUAACCUCUUCAGUGCAAGUCAAUCCUUUUGUGGACUACCGUUUGUGAACUAUUUCAACCCCCCGCCCACGGUGGGUUCGCGCGGUAUGCUAAGUGAGUUGUUCGGCGCCCACACCAAGCCCGUGGCGCCCAUCCCGCCCGAAGACACAGUGAGCACCAUGGGCGUGCUGGACAAAGUGACCAGUUCGAGCGUGCACAGUGCCGAUGCAGUGAACUCAGUGAUCAGAGGCCCCGAAGCAGAAAACGUGCUCUUAAGGGAAAUACUGCAGGGACGAAAGCGCGACUUGCUCACCAUGGAGGAGCUGGAGGCCGCGCGGUCCUUGCACAACAAUAAUAACAGUUACAAAGGUGCGACAGACACGGUGGAGGCCUCGACCGACGAGACCACCACGACGACGGGGCGCGCCGAGAGCGUGACGGCCGAGGACGGGCGCUGUGAGUCCGAGGCGGAGGAGGCCCUCAGCCAGGCCAACAGCCCGCGCGCGGACUCGCCGGAGCCCAGGAAGCGCCUCGAGAACAUCGUCAGCGUGAUCCACUCCUCCCCCACCCCCAACGCCACCCCCGUCAACGGCUGCAAGAAGCGCAAGCUGUACCUGCCGCAGCAGCACGAGACGAGGCCCAGCUACGACUCGCAGACAGAGGAGGGCGAGGGCGCCGCCGAGCCCGACAACAAGACGAGACGGCUCCUACAGAUCGACCUCAGCGUGCGCCGCCGGACGCCCGACCCCCAGCGGCCUCCUUCGCCGAAACCGCCUACCUCCACGUCGUCCGACUCGAACGACGCCUCGUCCUACCUCCUCGACUACGCCCAGCGCCUCAUCCGCAACCAGGAGGCGAGGCUGCAGCGCGAGAACGACCUCAAGAACACCACGGACCUGUCGGAGAAGCUGCAGCUGCUGCGGAACAUCAGCAUGGGCUCGCAGGUGACCGACCUGGAGGGCCUGGCGGACGUGCUCAAGACGGAGAUCACGGCGUCGCUGGCCGUCAUCAUCGACACCAUCGUGAACAAGUACGUGCAGCAGAGGAAGCUCCUGACCAAGCAGGCAGAGGUUGCCGCCGAGCAGCUCAACCGGGACAUCGCCUCGCAACUCAUGGAACGGUCCCGCUCCCCCAGGUCGCAGAAGAUGCCCGACCGCAUGCCCCCGCAGAUGCCCCGGGUCAACGGCAUCCCCAACCCCCACGGCCCCCUCAACCUCUCGCCCUACCCCGGCAGCGAAAACGCCCUCAACCUCAACCACCUCCGCCCCCCUCUCUACAAGCCCCCCCACGGGUUCUUCCACGGCAACAUGCCCCCCAUGGGCGGCAUGAUCCCCACGGGCCAGACGUCGCCCUACGGCGGCCUCGAGCCCGAGCAGGACGAGGCCCUCCCGCUGGUGGUCACGCCCAAGAAGAAGCGCCAUAAGGUGACGGACUCUCGCCUCACGCCCCGCACGGUGGGUCGCCUCCUUGAGGACUUCCCGCGAUACGGCCCCCUGCCCUCGAUGGGGGGAGGCGGCCCCAACUCCCCUCGCAACUCCCCGCCCCCACCGCCACUCCACCACCCACAUCAACGCCCUACCUCCUUCCCACAGCCUCCACCUCUUCUGCCAGUCUCACUGCCUACCUCCGUAGCCAUCCCCAACCCCUCCUUACACGACACGGGCCUUUUGUACCCCAACUAUUACGGGCAUCGGUCGUCACCUCCCAUGGACCGGCGCGAGGAGUCUCCUGCAGGGCCUCCGCCUCCUCACCCGCACCCUCUCCUGCACCCGGCGCUGCUGGCGGCAACCUCGCCUGACUCCUUCUCCCGCUUCCUCCACGGAGGCGACCACGACCGGGCAUCCGACUGCUCGCCCGCCGACACACACUAUGAUGGAGUCCAGCCUACUAUAUCCUUUUAUGCAGCUGAACAUAGAAUACAAAACCAUUCUGCAAAUCUCAACAUGAUUCAACCCUCAACCCUCACUGAUGGUUGGAAUUCAACGCACUCCAGCACCCUGACGCCGAUGCAUCUACGCAAAGCCAAGCUCAUGUUCUUCUUCGUCCGGUAUCCCUCAUCUUCGGUGCUCAAGACUUACUUCCCGGACAUUAAAUUCAACAAGAACAACACAGCGCAACUCGUCAAGUGGUUCUCCAACUUCCGGGAGUUUUACUACAUCCAGAUGGAGAAAUACGCACGGCAAGCCAUCAGCGAGGGCACCAAGUCAGCCGAUGAGGUGGUCGUUAACAUGGACGCCGAGAUCAUCCGCGCGCUAAACCUUCACUACAACCGCAACAACCACCUCGAGCAGAUCCCGGAGCACUUCCGGUACGUGGUCGAACAGACGCUGCGGGAGUUCUUCAAGGCGAUUCAGGAGCAGAAGGACCAGGAGCAGUCGUGGAAGAAGGCCAUCUACAAGGUGAUCGCGCGGCUGGACGAACCUGUGCCCGAGUACUUCAAGUCUCCGACCUUUCUGGAGCAGCUGGAGUAGCGGCGCCCGACAGCCCCGGGCGGGCCGCCGCCAGGAUUAGUGCCCGCAGCCGGUGGCACCAGCUGCCUCAGACGCAGCCCCGACACCAGCUGCCCCUUCGGCAGCACCACCUAGAAGAUAGAGAUUCUGUAUAUACCAGUGACUGAGCAGCCUAAGGCUGGACUAUCAGAGGAAGACAUGUUCAAGAGAAGGCUAAGAUGGAGGACUGUUUAUGGGCAUUCUUUUAUUAUUAUCAUGAUACAAAUAUUGAAGGUGCAUGUCUCAAAUUUUGUCCAAAUGUUCUAGCCUUGAUUUAUUGUGAAUAUCUAUGAGACAAAGCAUUUGUGCCUUUCCAUGCCUUCCAGUAACAAUGAUGAGAUCUUUCCGACAGCCCAAUGUACCCAAUUUGUAUAUAGUUUAGUUCUGUUUCCCUUGUUUUGGUUGAACCUCGUGCCAGAGGAAGAACUGUGAACCCGCGGCCAUGUGAGCCCACCUGGGCGCUGCUGCCAUAGCCCCGACCACCGGCCAGGACCCUCUCGGGGGCCCCCAACCUGGUGUCUGGGCCCCCUCCCUCCCCUCACACCCUCGCCACCGGGGGCUCGUCCCCCCUACUGUCUGCACCGCACCUCUCCUGUGCGCGCGCUCGUCCGCGCGUACGAGUCUCCUAGUCACUUGCUAGCUACCCAGGUCCUUGCACUGAUUCUCAAUUAAGGCUCCUAGUUCUAAGUCAUGCAUGUAGGAUAGUUGUUGAUGGUGGUUCAAAGUUACCAAUUUAAAAUAGCAAACCACACAGUCAAGCCCAUUCACUCCAUAGUCUGGCCCCAGGUGCACGCGCUGGCCGGGCCCACAGCGGGCGGCGGCGGCGCCCCUGUCCUCGCAGCCACGCCCACAGUACAAGAGGACGUCGCUGGCCCGCCCGCGCCCGCCCCCUUCCCAACGCCCCCCCUCCCUCCUCUCACCACAAGAAGGCAAUACCCCAAGUCACAGACACUUGCUCACAACCACCUGUGCUAGGCGAGCAUAAGACAAACCAAAGUGGCCUUGCUUUGUGGUGGUCGUUAACUCUAAGUCUGUUACAUAACCCAAAAAUUAAAAAAAAAAAAAAGUACGACUGCAAGAAGACAUCGUAUGUGAGAUCUAGUCACAUUAAUGAAUCUCUGGUCACGCGAGGUUGUUGACCAAAGGCAUAAUCAGUUCCCUAUGUUGAGAAACCAGACCCAAAGGACGUAUAUCAAAGCGAUCUCGGGUUCGGAGAUCUGAACUAACCCAUUCUUUCUUGUUUUUAUUUUCCCGCGUAGUGCAGUCUGCUCUACUAUCAAACCUCCUCUUGCAAUGGUCAUGGGGUCUCUUGUUUUUAGAAGCUGUAGAUAGAAACCUCUCAGAAGAAAGAAAAAUGUCUAUCUCGGAGCUCUCCACUCAUGCAAUUUAUUUCUUAUUACAAAACCAAAAAAAAGACGAACAAUUAUAUUAUCAUGUCAAGACAAAAACAAAUGUAUUAGCAGAAGUCACAAGUGGAUUUUUGUUGGUGUAGUCCAGUUGGUGUAACUUCCCCUCCCUCGUCAUAUUUCCCGCGUUAUAGCGUCUACACUGAAGACCCAGCUGUUUGGUGUUUGUCUGUCAGUGUAGGAGGGGAAUCUCCACCACACUCAGUACAGUUCAAUGUUCUUUGUCAGUACAGUUGUGUGAACAUGCAGAGGUAGUUGGCAGUGUGUUGUCUCUGGCAGGCUAUUACGCUCAUGUUCCAGGUUAUUCAUUCAUUUGUUCUUUUGUAUUUGCUCUUAUAUACGCUAUUCAAUGCCAUAGACAGUACAUUUACAAGACAUCAUGGUAAUAAUGCUUUUCAAACCAAAAAACUUUGGUGCUAAAUGUACAACCGUGUUAAUCGUCUGGUACUUCCAUUUAGGCGUUUGUAUCACACUCCAGACGUAGUUUGUGUGGGUCAGUAGCGCCUGUGGCAAACUGCACCGCGGCUCAGAGGUCACGAUCCUCCCUGUUGACCUCGGCAGUUGCUGGACACCGGUGGAGUAGGCCUACACAGCUACGGCACUUGCGCAGGCGCGGCGGCGGAGUCGACAGAGAUGCCUUGUUUCUGUCGGCCGCGCCGCGCCCAGCAGAGAUGCAACACCGCUGUUGGCGUCGGUAUCUGCUGUCAAAUGUAGACCUGUACCAGAGAUGUCAACAAAUAUAGGCACCUUAGAGAUGGGUAGUGAUGUGAUUGCUUUUGUAUGAGGAUUGUUUCCCUAUUGAUCGUGAACUUUAGUCUUUUUGAUGCUAUAUUUUCUUAAAAUCAAAUUUUAAAAGUUUUUAAGGCGAUUAUAUGCAUUCCAUACUCUCCUCGUGGACUCUAAAAUACCUACUUCUUUCUGGCGUUCUCCAUUUAUUUUAUUUUAUUUUUUACUACUAACCCCCAGCUGACCGGCAUACGGGUUAGCCGCAACCAAACCAAUGUUUUUUUCCAGUCUAGUCCAUACCUUAGAGUGUAAAAGAACAGUUAAGUGUUUGCUUCCUGAAGCUAGUUUGUAAUGAGGUCCCGCCCGACAGCGCCGUCGGCUUCCGUCGGCGGCCAGUCACAGCGUCGGGGGGCCGUGGUUGAAGUAUUCCAUAGUUAUUGAAUCAGAGCUAUUCCAUGUUUGAUUUGAUGUUACAUGUUCUCUCCCAGUUCAACUACAGGCUUGUUGUAAACGUUGAUGAUGCUAUUGAUGUCCAUUCCCUCAACACGCUGUGUGUUGGGCGACUGAGCAAUCUAGCCUGACGCAGGCCCGGCGGCGGCUACGUCUCUGCCGCCGCGGCGGCGCAGGCCCGGAUUGGUUACUAUAUUUCUGGUGUUUAUGAAGCACUGGUUCUGUGGGGACAAACUGCAACAGCAGGCACAACAAGACCAAACCGAAGGCAAAAUUAUUUAGUAUAAAGUUUGUGGACCCCUACCCCCCUCCCCCUCCCUGUCACUUGGUGCUCUAACCCCACACAACGGUCGCAUGGUGCCAACACAGCGCUCGCAAUGGUGCCAACACGAGGGGGGUCGCCCACCUCCAGACGGGCGGCCUCCCCCCGUUUGAAGAACUGCCUGACUCCAAGCACCCGCGGCUGCAACAGAAGCCAUCAUUGUACAUAAUCCCGGCGCCGCAGCAUCCUCGUGCUCGGCGCCACAAAAUACCCACCUCGGCCUCAAGCGGCGUGCGAAAUCUAUUUAAAAAAGAAAAAUAAUGCACGCUCGCACGCACGCCGCGGCCUGGUGCCUCCCGGGUUGGGGUUAAGACACAAACUUUCCACACAAAAUUUAACGCAGUUAUCAACAGCACUAACCAGUAGGGGUCGCUCAGAAAACGUCCACUGUUUUAAGUGCCUUGGUCUCACAUUUCGAUAGAGAGCGGCCCCGUUUCUUACUAAGAGUCUCCCCACGGAACCAGUUUCGCUCUACAGCAUUCCAUGUGAAGUGUUGAUUUAGACCAAUAGAAGCUUUUUCAGUUUCUGUUGGAUUUAUAGCGAGACAAAAUAAUGGUUUAGUUUCUAAAGAUAAAAAAAAAAUUGAAAGUUAAUUUAUUGAUUUAUUAUUUAAUAUGUGCACCUAGCAUUAUGUGUUUUGCAUAUAUAACAUAUAUUCAAUUAUUAUAGAAUGUAAUAGUUUGUAGACAUAAAUACGAUUCAAAGAGAAA